CGCGGGGCCGGCGGGGGAGCAGCGGCCGCGGCCCCGCCGAGCGCCUGUAGCCGCGGCCGAGCCGCAGGCUGGCGAGCCGGGGCGCGCUGGCGGCGGCAGCGGAGGAAGAAGAAGGAGGUGGAGGCGGGAGCCAGCCGCCCGCCGCGCCGCCGCUGCCGCCCCACAAGAGGAUGAAGAAGCGGAAGGAGCUGAACGCCCUCAUCGGCCUGGCCGCCGACGGCCGCAGGAAGAAGCUCGCCAAGAAGGGCUCGGGACACCGGCUGCUGCGCACCGAGCCGCCCGCCUCCGACUCCGAGUCCAGCUCCGAGGAGGACGAGUUCGCGGGGACGCGCGGCCGCUGCGGCAAGGGAGACUAUCUACGCUGCUGCAGGUUCUGUUACCCAUUAUGUGCGUUUGUCAUUCUUGCCGCUUGUGUGGUAGCGUGUGUCGGCUUAGUCUGGAUGCAGGUGGCUCUCAAGGAGGAUCUGGAUGCAAUAAAGGAGAAGUUUCGAACUAUGGAAUCUAAUCAAAAGACAUCAUUCCAAGAAAUUCCUAAACUGAAUGAAGAUUUGGUGCAGCAGCAAAAGCAACUAGAACAAAUUGAGACUGGAGAACUGGGGCUAAAUAAAGUCUGGAUAAAUAUCACAGAGAUCAAUAAACAGAUAUCACUGCUGACCUCAACAGUAAGUCAUCUCAAAAACAACAUAAAGUCUGCUUCUGAUCUGAUUUCUCUUCCUCUCACAGUAGAGAAACUUGAGAAGACCGUAGCAAACAUAGGUAGCACGCUUACCAGUGUUUCUCAUGAUGUUGAAAAUAUACAGACAGCUAUUGAAGAGUACAGGAAAUCCAUAGAAACACUCCAGGAUGAUGUGAAGGAAUUAAAACAGAUAACUUCACUUCCCUCCAUUGUUGUGCCAAGGACUGAGAGAAAUCAGACAGAAAAUUGCAGAAAGGAAAGCCAGUCCCUGUAUGCAGCUUUGGAAGAGCUAAAUAAUACCAUAGUGGCAUACCAAAAGGUGAAUGACAUCAAGCUUCUAAAUAUGGAUUCAGCCAUUGGUAACCUUAGCCGAAGGGUUAUGCUGUUAGAAAACUCCCCCCUGGUGAAUAAUCUGGACAAAAGAGACAACUUAUCUACCAGUGUGGGUAACGAUGCAACUACCUCUGUAAAAGUAGAAAAUGAAGAUCAACUAGAUAAUGAAACUCAUUCAAAUAAAGAAACAAAGGAAACAGAAACUAGAGAUUCUCAGGUAUUGAAACUAAGAGAGAAGCUUCAGCUGAUCAGUGCUCUCACAGCCAAACCAGAAAAUGACAGACCAGAUGAGAAUGUUGAAAGUAGUCUGAGUACUACAGCAAAGCCCACAGACCUUUCAAGGCUGGCUUCAAGGUCAGCUGAUGACGACACAAAGAGUAACAGACAGCUGAGACAUCUGUCCUUACCAGGAAUUUCCAGCAUUGAAGAUCUUCAGAAUUUGUUUGAAGAAGCAACUGAAGAUACUGAUGGAAACCUGUCCUAUGAAGAUCUUCAAAAGCUUCUUGGUUCUGCAGCCCAGGAGUCACAGAGCUUUAAGGAAUUUGACACAAAUGGAGAUGAGAAAUACUCGUUACAAGAACUAAGAUUAGCAUUAGGUGUAUAGGAUAUAUAUUUAGAAAUGUUAUAUUGAUGGAUGCUACUGUAUCUAAAGGAAGCUACGGGACAUGAGAAACUACAGCUGCACUUUCCCUGUGUUUUACUGACCUUUGGAGCUAAAUUACUGUACACAUUGCCACCUCUUUUUGGUUUGCAUUUAUUGAAAAGAAUUUACCAAUUUCUAUGUCAGUAGGACAUAAUAUUGGGACUGUGUUAAGAUCCAGAAAAUUCCCAAGCUUGGAAACAUUUUUUUCCCUCUCCUCCUUUCCUUUUCAAGGGAGUUCUUGUUCUUAAUUUAAAAUGUGUACAUACUAAAAUAAAACUAUGGUUUUAUAUUUCACUGAAAUUUGCCUUAAAUUAGAGAGCUGCACUUUAGAGCAGAAGGAAAUCUAUCUUGUAAAGAUGGGCUGAUUCUGCUUGUAAAUAGCUAGAGUAAAUUUAUGCAUAUUAAAGGGGAAGUUUGUGUCAGGGGCUGUGUUGGUAGGAAGCUGUUUGUAACGCAAGACUGAGCCUAAAAGAGGUGGUUAAGACCUUCAUCAGAAUUCCUGACUUCGAUUGAGUAUAUCCAUGAAUGAGUUUGGACUCAGAGGAAAGCAGGAGUGGUGAGUCAUGCCCAUCUAUAGCAGGUUUUAGUUUUAGAGGGAAGAGUUGAAAGUGUUUUUAUAUCAUGAGCCUACAGGAGCAAUUGCCCACCAAGUGCUUGGUUUUUCACUUGCAGUGUUUUUAGCUUUGCUGUAUUGCAUCCAGAUUACAUUUUGUCAGAGUGAGCCUAUCUGUGGGGUUUUCCUUAAAGUAUCAAAUAACUUUUAAAGAUGUCUAAGAGGUAAAAGUCUUCAAUGCAGCCUACUGGGUAGCACCUGAAUAGUUGAUGCCUUGAGUAUGACCAGCGGUGUGCUGGUGGUCUGGCUGACAGGGCCCUGCAGAUCUUAGGAACAAGGUUGCUGAUGUUGCUGGCUUCUUCCAUCUGCUGCUGUUUGGUGUGAAGUAUCCCAGUAAAGCUCCUGGUCACUACAAGUGUGAGCAGGUGGGCUGGGCCCAGAGUAGAUCUGUGGGUUGUUUUCUGACUACUGUGAACGAGAUCACCUCUUGGUACCUUUACCUUUUGUGUUUUGGCAACAGAAGGCUGUAGAAAGCAAGGCAGGAGUGUUCAGUCACAUCAGCAUUCUGUACUGAGGGGUGCUUUGCAAGCGAAGUUCCCUCACCACAGAGGAACUUCAGGGUUUGUUUAGAAUGGUGGAUCUAAACACUGAGUGAGUUUAUGACCUUCUGGAACAUAGAACAUGACUUUUGCAGAAGGGAUUGUCUUGCAGGCUGUAUCGGGGCCAAGAUGGAUGAUUUUGUUUGCAAAUAUUGUUGAUCUUGUUGGGUGCUUUUUGUGUGAUGAGUGAGUUGAAGUUGCCCACCUUGCUGAAACAGCACUUUAUGUGACAGUUCAUAAUUGUUGACUUUUCUAUAACCUCAGCCUGGAUGUUUUAAGCAUAAUUGUACCCUGGAAGUAUCAGUGAAGGAUUGUACAAAGUGGGGCCAUGUUACCCAUUGCCUAGGCUUCUUCCACUAUCGCUCUUCUGUCUUGUUGGGGGAAUGCAGACAUGACCCCAUAGGAAAUGCUUGUGAUGUGAUGUUUGAAAACACAGUAUUUCAAAACCAAACCAACCAACCUUGGCUUUUGAGAGAGCAAGAAGCCACUACUUGCUUCUUGCUGCUUCCCACACCCUUUUAUACACAUUGUAUAAUUCCUUAACCAAAUAAAAAGAAGAGAAACCAACCCUAGCAAUAAAAUGUAACCAUUCUGGUAUUUUAUUUGUACAUACUGUAUCAUAGCCAUACGCCAGAGUUUGCAAAAUAUUUUUGGAAGUUGGAUUUGUAUGGAAUUUAACUUACCUUAAAGUUUUAAGGGAUUAUUGCA